GGCGGAGUGUCGGGGAGUGUGGUUUGCACGGAUUACAGUUUGCCCUGGCUCUUAUAAACAAACGGUGACUGAAGAUGGAAAAGUCAAAUUUCACACUUUUUGAUCCGAGAUGCAGACAAGAUGCUCCGUUCUCUAUCGAUGUUAUUAUGCAGUUGGAUAUCUUUGGCAUAGUCCUCUUCUCUGUGCUGACUUUAAUGGCCACGGUGUCUAUGCUGGUUUUCAUCGAAGAAUGCAUCUACAUCUAUAAGAAAGUACCGCCAAAUAAGAAAAGCAUAAUCAUCUGGGUAACCGGAGCAGCACCAGUCAUUGCUACCAUGUCUUGUUUGGGCAUGUGGGUUCCUAGGGCCACGAUGUUCACUGAUAUGACAUCAGCCACAUACUUUGCAGUUGUGGUCUUCAAGUUCCUGAUUCUCAUGAUUGAAGAGGUCGGAGGGGAUGAUGCUUUUCUCAGGCGCUGUGAGAAACAGUCGUUUAAGAUCAGCACAGGACCUUGCUGCUGCUGCUGCCCAUGCCUGCCUAAUGUCCCCAUCACACGACGAUCUCUUUUUAUAUUGAAACUGGGGUCCUACCAGUUUGCACUCAUGAAGUUAGUCUUCACCAUCCUCUCUAUAGUCCUUUGGACGAAUGGCAACUUUAAUUUAUCUGAUGUUUCGGCCACUGGAGGAGCCAUAUGGAUAAACUCAUUUGUAGGCAUUCUCACCAUUAUUGCCCUUUGGCCUGUUGCAAUCAUGUUCAUGCAUGUGCGAGAGGCUUUACGCACCCUAAAAAUUAUCCCUAAAUAUGCCAUGUAUCAGUUGGUGCUGAUUCUUAGCCAGCUGCAAACUGCCAUCAUUAACAUACUGGCAAUGAACGGGACUAUUGCCUGCGCACCACCCUACACCUCCCAGACCCGUGGAUACUUGAUGAGUCAGCAGCUGUUGAUCGUGGAGAUGUUCAUCAUCACGCUAGUGACCCGUGUUUUAUAUAGACGUCCGUAUGACCCCAUACCAGAUGCGGAUUAUGUUGAGGAGACAAAGACUGUCCUAACUGCAAAAGAUAUUGCCUGAGAAGAACAGACUGUUGUGUGUGUGAAUGAGAUUGUGUUAUAUAUUUGGGG